CCAUUUUCAAUAUUUGUUCUACAUUCCGGAUGUGACGUAUGUCUACUUCCGCCCGGCCUCUCGUUGCGUCUCAGUGAUCCGCUGCUGGUGACCAAUCCUCCACGUCGGUCGAACCUCCGGGCGGAUGAGACGUUCAGGCAGCGGACAGUCAACACUGGACUUCAGCCCGGACCGAGUCGUCUGCCGCCUCUUCCUCCACACGAGUCGUAUGUUUGGUGAAGUCGCUCGCUGUAACUUUUUAUAGUAGCUGUUAGUUUUGAGACACAUUCAGCGGGAACGACUCACAUCAUCCUCCUCGGAGAAAUGUCAGAUUUCGACAGCAACCCGUUCGCGGACCCGGAGUUCAGCCACCCGUUUCAGGAUCCAUCAGUGACACAGGUGCGGCAGGCGGCUCCUCCGGGGUUGGAGGAGUACAAUCCAUUUGCAGACGCCAAACCAGCGCCUGCAGGCAUGGCGCCCAAAACUACAGCUCCCGCCACCAACACACAACCCGCCAUCAUGAAACCCACAGAGGAGCCUCCGGCCUACUCGCAGCCUCAGGCGCAGGAGCAGACGAGAGGAGCUGCUGAGCUGCUGAAGAGGCAGGAGGAGCUGGAGAAGAAGGCUGCCGAGCUGGACCGCCGGGAGAGAGAGAUGCAGUCGCUGAGCGCUUCAGGAGGCAGGAAAAACAACUGGCCUCCUCUCCCGGAGAACCUCCCCGUGGGUCCGUGUUUCUACCACGACAUCACCGUGGACAUCCCUGUAGAGUUUCAGAAGACAGUCAAGAUCAUGUAUUACCUCUGGAUGUUUCACACGGGGACGCUGCUGGCGAACUUGGUGGGCUGCCUGGCCUGGUUCUGUGUGGACCCAGGUCGUGGCGUUGACUUCGGCCUGUCCAUCCUCUGGUUCCUGCUCUUCACACCGUGUUCGUUCGUCUGCUGGUACAGACCGCUUUACGGAGCAUUCAGGAGUGACAGCUCCUUCAGGUUCUUCGUGUUCUUCUUCGUGUACAUCUGUCAGUUUGGCAUCUACGUCCUGCAGUGUAUCGGCAUCACGGGGUGGGGCGCCAGCGGGUGGAUCUCAGCGCUGACCGCCCUGAAUACCAGCAUCCCAGUGGGCAUCAUAAUGAUCCUCAUCGCCGCCCUCUUCACCUCACUGGCUGUCUUGUCGCUCAUCAUGUUCAAAAAGGUCCAUGCGACGUACCGAACCACCGGUGCCAGUUUCGAGAGAGCCCAGCAGGAGUUCGCCACAGGUGUCAUGUCCAACAAGACGGUCCAGACAGCCGCCGCUAACGCCGCCACCAGGGCCGCACAGGGGACCUUCAAGGAGCAGAUCUGAUUGGUCCAGAGCUUGCUCGUCUCUCCGUCCAACCCACACCCGUCCCUCCACCUCCCUCAUCUCUGCUCAUCCAGCUUCCUGUGAGCCGGCUGGCCUGUCUGAACACAUGGAGAGUCCCGCAGCCUUCUGACGAUCAAACUCUAGUGGUUCACGUGAGGGCGCCGUCCAGUCUCCGGUGAUGUGGGACUCGAACUUCAUCACCGACCCCUCACCUGCGCUGCUCUCCUACCACUCAACCAGCGUGCUCUACUGUAUCUGCUCUGUGUGAGUUUGUGUGCGUGUGUUCAACUAAAUGAAUGUUUGUGUGUGUGUGACAGAUUCUGAUGUAGCUGAACCGACUGUCUGAACUCACCUGGCCAUCGUUGGCUUCCUGCGUGUCUUUGAUUCGUCACUCUGAUCACUACUUCCUGUUUUUAAAUUAAGUUAUUAUCAGGCAGACGGAGGUCGUCUCGCACUUUCACUCACUUGAUGCACAUGCAGCAUUAUUCUCUGAUUUAUUUUGCUGUUUUCCAUAAGCACAGAAGUCAACAGGGCUGCCCCCUGGUGGAGAGACUCUGUACUGUUGAAGAUGAAUGCUGUGCAUUCCAGUUCACUGCCUUGCCUUCUACUUCCUGCUUUCCUCUGAAUUUGGUUUGAGAAAGUGUGUAGUCUGACUUCCUUAAAGGACCGUGUCCACGUAGAGUUGCUUUCCUUUCUCUCAACUUAACAGAAAAAGUUGUUUUUCUUUCCCCUGGCCUUGGUGAAAAUAUUCACUGUAUUUUUGUCUCCUGAGGAUCAUUUCAACACCCACAUCCUCCUUCCUCUGAUGACCUGAGAAAACAAACAGAUAGUAAACCACAAAGGGGGCGGAGCCGAUAAUAAAAUGGUAGCUGCAUGCAGCGUUUUUUCUCUCAGUGCACAAAAGCUUCAUCCUCAACUUUUCUGCCUGAACAACCCUCCAUGUGGACACGGGCCCCAAAGCGUCUCCCUGCAUCUUAUUAAGUAUCAAACACUGACUCAUGACGGUUAGCAUUAUCUGAUCAUCAGCUGAUUAAUCCAGACUGGUUUAAAAAAACAAAGCAAAGAUGUUCAAAUUAUGAAAGAAAGAGAAAACCAACAAAUAUCUGGCCUUUCCUUCUCGAAAUGUCAUUACCACGUCCUGACUGUCUCAUGUGUAACACUGAGCGACUGUUUAAUUUCUGUGGAAAUUGUUCAGUGCCGUAACAUGGAUCAGGCUUUUGUCUGAGUCUUAGUUAAUUGACUGAUUAAUUAAGCUCCAGUAUGUCAUCCUUCAUGAAACUAUGCCUGUUUUUAGCAUUCAGUGACCGUGUGGAUGGACAGAGAACAUAAUGAAAACAUACUUUUAAUCUGUUUCAACCAGCUCAGUUCCAGCCAACCAGAGCCGUCGUUCUCUGAGAACGUUACAGACGGUGUUUCAUACUCAGAAGAUGUUUUGAUUUUGGACGCUCGAUCACUUUGAAGUAUUUAUCUGCUGGAAAUCUUCUGCCUACAACAGUCUACGUAUCCAUUGUGAAAUUAAAGCCAAGUUGCACUUUAAAUCCGCUCAGUAGACUCUGUGUGUGCAGAGUGAAGGAUCACGACUUCCUGCUUGUUAAUUCGUAUACGCAACAUUCACCAGCUGAGUUCGGCACAGCUCUCACAUGAAGAAAUGAAUUGAUGACGACCCGCCGCUCUGCGUGCACAGCUGCAUGUUUCUACAGGUGAUCUGAAGAGGAAAGUGUCACUCGUCUCCGGAUCUGCUCGUGUCCUGGAGACUUACCUCAGUUUAACUCAGGAUGUUCCCUUCACCUGCAUGACGAGGUUAAAAAAAUGAUAUGAGAGUAUAUGAAAUUAGACAGCCCUGUUUUUUAAAUAUACGUGCUGUAAAUCAAUAUAUUGCAAUAAAUCAAACAAGUUAAAAAAGAAGAUAAACAUGGCCAGUAAAUGUUGAUGUAAUGCUCUGAUCAAUGCCUGCAUUUCAUAAUCUGAUCAUCACCAAUCAAAUGCAUCAAAUCUGGACCUCUUUGAAUGUGUCUUUUUCUAUAACGUGACCUCAUGUUGCUGCACGGAGGUCUGAAUGUGUCGAUCACUCUGUCGGUGUGUGUGUCACGUUUAAACCAGUGAAGCCUUCGUAUGUGUGUGUUGUGCAGGAGUGUAAAUAAGACGGAGUUUUGCCUUCAAGUCUUAAUCUGUGUGCGGGUCAGAGUGUCAGACCCUUCUGGACUAUCUGGAGAUGUUUCAUCUGUUGAAGCUUCCUGCGACAUGCCUUGUUUUCUGCUCAGUUCUCUUCUUUUUGUUUUGUAUUUCACACUGUCUUAAUUUGGACCAGUGCAUGUGUACUGCUAAAGGAACAGUCCCCCCCCCCCCGAAAAUGAAAAUCCAGUCGUCCACUCCUCCUGAUGAAAUAAAGUCAGGUGAAGUGUCGUAAUCCACAGAACAGUUCUGCUAAACAUCUGAAGCAGCUGGAGACUUUAUGAUGACUUGACAACAAAUAAUGUCUCCAUACAGCUCGUCCAGAGUCUACUGAGGCCUUGAGGUCACAAAUUGGUUCAAAAAGACUUUAUUUACUCUGUUUUAAAAGUUGGAUUUUAGAUGUUGGGUGAACUGUUCCUUUUAUGAUAAUCAGACUGAGCUGCAACAGAAUUUUGCUGUUUAUUUUAAAAAGAUAAAUGUGAGAACGGCGUUAGACUGCACUGCAACGUGAACUGUGAUGUUCUGUCGAUGGACCGUGGCUUUAAGCUUCAUAAUCAACAUGGUUUGUGGUAGAAACACUGAGAAUGAACUCAGAAGCAUCUCUAACAUUAAAACUUUAUUGAAAUUAUUGGUAAAACGUAGUGAGGAAUGUUUGUAUAUUUUGUACAAUUUACAGACGGUCGGCUGUUUGCUCUGAAUUUUGCUGUAAUUUUUGAAAAGCACUCUGGUUUCACCUUCAGUCGCAUGUUGAGUAGUUUUGAGUUUUGUAUAUUUAUUGUAUUAACACUGAAUAAAACUCUUCUUCUGUACA